AUGGCAGAGGACACACGGUUAUCAGUUAAAGGGUUUGACAGGGGGGAGUAUGACAUCAUAUUUGGACAACCACAUGGGACCAGAAGAGAAGGGGGUGGUCAUAAGAAAGAUGAUUUACCACUGAGGGCAGUUGGAGGGAAUAGCUCAGAGAAGAACUCAGUACUCUCCCCAAAACUGCUGUCGCAAAAGAAAUCUAUCCUCAUAGGAACAUGGAACGUCAGAACACUAUGGGAAGCAGGGAAGUGUGCACAGGCAGUGAAAGAAAUGCAACAAUAUCAUCUUACAGUGCUCUGCCUGUGCGAAACAAGAUGGAACACCUUUGGAGAGACAAAAUUCCAGACGGGAGAAACAAUGUUAUACUCGGGAAUAGAAAAUGAGGACGACCCACGAGAGGCAGGCGUAGCCUUGCUAUUGACAAAGGAGGCAACAAAAAGCCUGAUGGAAUGGGAACCUGUAUCUGAUCGAAUAAUUAAAGCUAGAUUUGAAUCCAGGUUUCAAAAGACCUCCAUUAUCAUGUGCUACGCUCCUACGAACAAUGCAGACGAGGAAGAAAAAGACCGUUUCUACGAAGAGCUUCAAUCGGUGGUUGAUAAGGUACCCAAGCGCGACAUGCUGAUCCUCAUGGGUGAUUUAAAUGCCAAAGUAGGCAAAGACAACAGAGGCAUGGAAAUGGAGAUGGGAACCAAUGGCCUAGGGGAAAUUAAUGAAAAUGAUCAUCAUACCGAAAACCAGAUUGAACAUGUCGCGGCACGGCGUCAUUGGAGGACCUCACUGCAGGAUGUGAGAACAAAGCGAGGAGCAGACAUAGGAUCCAACCACCACCUGGUUGUUGCUAAACUGAAGAUGAAGCUAAAGGCGAAGAAGAGGCAACAUGAAAUUGAUCCACGAAGAAGAUUUGAUGUAAGUAAACUCAAGACGCAAGAUAACAGGACAAAUUUUCAGGUUACCCUAAAGAAUCGGUUUGAAGCUCUACAGACAAAAGAAAAAGAUUUUGAUUCAGUUAAACACACCUUGGAAAUAUUUAAGCAAGCCACUAUUGAAGCUUGCGAAGAGGCUCUAGGAGGUAGAGCGCCCAACAGGAAGCCCUGGAUCACAGAUGAUUCAUGA